UAAUAGGCGAAGAAUAAUAUUGCUAAAUAUUUCGUAUUUCAAGCCCGAAUUUCAAACGAUACCUGAGUGGAACAGUUUAGAUUUGUCCGACAAGCGACGCGCACGCAGCGACGGAGUGUAACAAAAGCGCGACGGUGGCAUUUGUGUGGAGUCGAGUUAAGUGGUGGCAGAAAAUUGGUGAAAUUAACCAAAUUGCAGUGAAAGAAUUGAAUAUAAAUAAUCAUAAUGAAUGCAAUUAACAAGUGAAAAGUAAUUGAAAUACGUCUACAUUCAAAGUGUAUCUGUGUGUGAGUGUUGUGUUGUGUGCGUGCACGGAUUAUUGGAUUAUUACCUGUUUCGCUUCUUCUGCGAGCGCUGUCGACUGCGGCAGCGCCGUCAACGUAGACGACGACCGACGACGUUCAGCACAGCGACCUGACAUUUUUUCGGCUUUGCUUUAUGGAUUAUUCGUUGUUGGUUGCAGUCGCCGCUUUAUAACUCUGAUUUGUCCGCAACGUAAGCAGCAAGAGUAUUAGCAUCGCCAUCGCCAACUCCAUCAGCAUUAACGGUGCAGCAGAGGCAACUAAUGACCGCAUUGCCACAUUAAAUGCAAUUUCGCGGCAUUACUUUUUAACGAUACGACACGGCCAAACUGAGGGAACAAAGUUACACAACAACAACAACACAAUUGCACAUACACACUGCUGACACUUGGCAAACGCAAUACGAAGACGGACUCCAGCGUAUUGCAGUGCUUUGGAAUGUUGCAGCAACGACAGCCGCUCACAAUAUUUGCCGUUUUUUGUGGCGGCUGCUGCCGUUGCUGCCAGUGACAAACAAGGCGACGUGCAACCGACGCGAAAAGUGCAGACACAACUGCUUACACUCGAAAUUGUUUUAGUUUUUUCACCACCCGCUUUUGCGUGUGUGCACCGUAUUGCUUGCAACAGCAGACGCGACGCGGCGCGACACCGGAAGGCAGCAAGCAGCGUGCACGAGUGUCGCUUUAUCAGCGUGAAUAAAUUUCGUAAGAAAUUUUUAUCAACGUGAUAGCAGCAAUAAAAGCGAAAUAGUGCGCAGCAGCAGAAGUGGCAACUGAAAAGUGUGGCAGGCAAAGAAAUCGAUUCGAUACGUGUUGCCAAAAAGCGAAGUGCCAUUUAGCUGAGUGUGCAGCGUGGCAAGGCGUUGAUAAAUAGACAUGAAAAUAAAAAAUAACACAAAGACAAAUUCCAGCGGCAGCUGUACAGUUAAAUAUGCAUGUGGAACAUUGUAAAUAAAAAAACUAAAACAAAACUGAAAGUAAAGUGAUAAAAAAAUACAAAAAAGUCAAAAAAAAUUAAAGAAAAUAUACAAACAUAAAUAAAAAGUUGAACGUGUAUGCAAGUUGCCAGUAAACUAAAGUAAAUAACAACAACAACAAAUAAGCAGCAAAUUAAAAGCAUCUAAUAAACCAAGUGCAACCGACCUGAGUGAUUGAGCGCCCCUGCAAAUGCGUUAACAAACGACGAUUUGUUUAACAUUUGUAGUCGGCGAUAUUAGACUGUCUGUGUGCGCAGUGCAUGCUUAUUGACAAUCGUAGCACAGACAGGACGGACGGCAGUCAGUCGAGUUGUCAGCGUGCGUUCGAUAGACACUUACAAGGCGUCCGGCAGUGUCACACACGCACACGCAGCCGAGCGAGGAGUCGCAAUUUCGCAGUCGAACACGCGCUUAGUCGGAGCGAAGAGUUAGACAGACAGUCAGUCAGUCUGAUAAAGUGCAGACAAUCAAGCUUUUAGUGCAGCACAGACGUCACACUUACAGUUAGACAAGCAGGCAGUCCCUGACAGUCAGUCUGUCAGCCAGCUGGUGCGCCAGUUGAGUUUGUCACACAUUGAAGGCACAUUGGAGCGACGUUCCCAGCAUUGACAGCAGACAGCGCGCAACAACAACAACACGUCUAGCGCUCAGUGAAUUUGUAAACAAGUAAUAAAUUUCUAUCUAAACUGUCGUGACAACUGAGCAGUGAGUGAAAGAUACAAAACGCAAGCGCGUGCAUCAAACCCGACGCAGCGGUAAAUUGACAACUUUACGAGUAGGAGGAGUCGCGCACAAAGCGAAACAGUACACUUUGUGGCAAGUAGAUCAAGAGCGCGUUGUUGUUGUUUGUUUACAAAACGAAGCGGCCAGCCUACAAGCAGUUGGAGCAGUUCGAGUGUGUAAAAACAAAAGCCACCGACUCGAUACGAGCGCGUAAGCAGCGACGCAACGAGUAGACGCGCAAGCAUUUCGACGCACACUGCCACGCCCAUAUACGCCAACCCACCGAGUUUAAUAACAACAUAACAGUAGGUUGGCCUCGGCAAUACGGCAAUACCACCCGCUGUUCCAGAGCGCGUACGCGAGUUGUUAGCCGAGCGCGCCGUGUGGUGCGACGCCUUCCAGCGCAAGCAGCACAGCUCAGAGAUCAAAUCACAACAACAAAAACAACAGCAAUACAAACAAAAGCCAGCUAAAAAAGCAUACAAGAAAUACGCUUGUGGACGCAGCAGAGCGAACUCAGCAGCAUCUACAGCAACAACAACAACACAAGAGCGCGCUUGUUGUUGUCUCCACGCCAGAGCCACAUAAAUUCAAUGGAAAAUGAUGUGCUACGCCAGCAUCAGCAGCAGCAGCGGCAGCAAGAGCAACAACAACAACAACAAGUGUAACAACAAAUACAUUUGCGUAAGCGCACACAGCAUUGGCAGCGACGUCGACUGCAACUGCAGUUGGCUAACCGCAGCCAGCACGACGAUCAGCGCGCAUGGUGCGGCGUCGCCCGCAUUGGCGUCCAAGCAGCGCAGCAGCAGCAGCUAUAAGAAGUAUCGCAGAGCGAAAGCGCUCAACGACGUGCAAAGCAGCAGCGACUCGGGCUCCAGUAAAAACAGCAACAAAGAUGACACACAGCGAUUAGAAGACCAUUGCGGCAGCAGCCGCAGUAGUAAUUUAGUUACGUCAUUAACGCCCGCAUCCGCACCCACAACGGCGACAGCGUCCAAAGCAUGCAGUUCCACACUGCACCGACGACGACGACGCCACGAUGCUGCGUUGAGCGCUUACUGCAGUGCGGCGGCCUCAAGCUCGUCCGUUGCUGUGGCGUUGACCGCCGGUUUGAGCAUUUGUCGCGCCUUCAGCUUAACGAUAUGCAUGCUGCUGUUGCUGCGAGCAGCGCCCAGUGUGCGUGGCAUUGCUGUCGGUGUGGACACGGCCAAUGCCAACAUCACGGAUUUGGGUAGUCCCGGUGGGUAUUCUACAAUGAUUAGACUAUUUGUAGUGUAGUUUAAUUAUAUACACAUAUCUUAUAGUAGUACAUAGGUAUUUUAUAAAGCCAAGAAGUCGUACAAAACUUGCUGCUGCUGCCAACCAUACAUUUUCCUUCUUCUCCUAAAUUAUAAGUUUUUUGGGUCUGCCCUCCAUAACACUAUCAACCAGAAAAAAAUAUCGGAGUCCCUAUAAUGUAUAUGUAUACAUAUUACAAAUCAUCAGCGUGACGAGCUCAGUUGAUUUAGCCAUUUCCAUCUGUCUAACUGCCUGUCCGUGUGUCUGUCUGUAUUCACGGGCACUAGUUCCACAGUUUUCGAGUUAUCGAUCUGAAAUUUUACAUACGUUCUUUUCACCCUAAGAAGCUGCUCAUUUGUCGAAACCGCCGA